AGAGAUUCCAUGAACAGAAAAAGACUAAAGUUGGAUGAAAAAGGGUGGCUAUCCAUUGAGGAAGUUAGAGGCGGAGCCCAAAUUUGCUACAAACUUCCAAUCCGUAAAGCAAACUACAACCGGUCCCUCCCUCCCACACCAUAUAUUCCAGCCUCCAUAUCCACCAUUCGAUCUCAAUCCAACGGCCCAGCUUCACUCUCAAUCACUCCACACAUACAUCCUCCAAUCACUCAUUUCACACACACACACACACACAAGCUGGAACUGGUAGCUGCUCCACCGCCGCAAAACGCCAUCUCAAGAUGGCGUCUCUGGCCCUCACUACCCCGCUAAACCCCCUCUUCCGCCCCCUUUCCACCCCAAAACCCCGCUGCCCCAUAUCCCUCCACCUCAAAAACUCUACCACCAACAACCGUCGCACUCACCAUAAUCCUCACAGCUCCGCAUUCAUCCUCCCCGCCGCGGCGCGCCGCAGGCUCAUAACUGCAGUCUCCGCUUCAGCAGCAGCCGCAGCGCCGCCAGAUCCCCAGCCGUGGCAGGGAGCCGCCAUGAAGCCGCUACUCGCCACCAUCGCCACGGGAGUCAUCCUCUGGUUCGUCCCGGCACCUGACGGCGUCUCGCGCAUAGCGUGGCAGCUGCUCUCCAUCUUCCUCGCCACGAUAGUCGGAAUCAUCACUCAGCCGCUGCCGCUGGGCGCCGUGGCGCUGCUGGGCCUGGGCACCUGCGUCCUUACGAAGACGCUCACAUUCGCCGCGGCGUUCUCGGCCUUCGGCGACCCCAUCCCGUGGCUGAUCGCGCUCGCAUUCUUCUUCGCCCGCGGCUUCAUCAAGACCGGAUUGGGCAACCGAAUCGCCUACCAAUUCGUGUCCUUGUACGGGAGCUCGUCGCUGGGGUUGGGAUACAGCUUGGUCCUAAGCGAGGCCCUUCUGGCGCCGGCGAUUCCGUCGGUCUCGGCCAGAGCCGGCGGCAUUUUCCUGCCGCUGGUGAAGUCGCUGUGCGUGGCGUGCGGCAGCAACGUGGGCGACGGGACUGAGAGGAGGCUGGGGUCGUGGCUGAUGCUGACGUGUUUCCAGACGUCGGUGAUUUCGUCGUCGAUGUUCCUGACGGCGAUGGCGGCGAACCCAUUGGCGGCGAACUUGACGGCGAGCACGAUCAAUAUGCAGAUUGGGUGGGUGGAUUGGGCGAAGGCGGCAAUCGUGCCGGGGCUGGUGUCGUUGAUGGUUGUGCCGUUUCUGUUGUAUGUGAUCUAUCCGCCAGCGGUGAAGACUAGCCCUGAUGCACCGAAGCUCGCUCGGGAGAAGCUGGCCGGAAUGGGACCCAUGUCCAAGAAUGAGAUGAUCAUGGCUGCAACUCUGCUGCUUACGGUAGGGCUGUGGAUAUUUGGGAGUAUGUUGAGUGUGGAUUCAGUUACUGCGGCCAUAAUAGGACUGUCUGUGCUGCUUGUAACGGGGGUAGUGACGUGGAAGGAAUGUCUAGCGGAACCAGUUGCUUGGGACACACUUACUUGGUUCGCCGCACUCAUUGCCAUGGCCGAAUAUCUAAACAAAUACGGUCUCAUCUCCUGGUUCAGUCAAACUGUUGUUAAGUUUGUUGGUGGAUUGGGGCUGUCGUGGCAGCUGUCAUUCGGCAUUCUUGUUCUUCUAUACUUCUACUCCCACUAUUUCUUCGCAAGCGGGGCGGCACACAUCGGUGCAAUGUUCACGGCCUUCUUGUCGGUAGCGAGUGCGAUGGGCACGCCGCCGUACCUGGCGGCAUGUGUGCUCUCAUUCGUGUCCAAUCUCAUGGGCGGCCUUACUCACUAUGGGAUAGGAUCGGCGCCCGUCUUCUACGGCGCCGGUUAUGUCUCGCUUGCAAAUUGGUGGGGCUACGGGUUGAUCAUCUCGGUCGUCAAUCUCGUGAUCUGGCUUGGAGUCGGAGGGAUCUGGUGGAAGGCCAUCGGCCUCUGGUAGUUUUUUUUCUGCCUACUUCCACAUCUCUUUUCGACCAACAUUUUACGGAGUUGUUUCUUUGCUGCAUACACAAAUUAAUUUGUGGCGCAUGAGUUAUGAGUUAUGACACACAAGUAGGAUUUGUUUUCAA